AUGGAUUCACACGUCAACGGCGAGCGAGUCGCAGAGAUCGACCCCCAAAACCCAUACGCGUCCAGCAGCAAAUGGCGCCAUCAAGAGUCGACUAAAUAUGCCCGCCACGAGGCGCAGUUCCAGGCGCGCGAUCCCACGACUGCCGGCACAACCGACGAGCUGGCGAACUAUCUCAACCAAACUCGAAUUGAACCCCAGGUGAACGGACACGGACACGGACAAGCAGCGGGAAACUACCAGCCCAUCUCGCUGGCUCAUGGCCAAGGACAGCCUGCCGAAGAUGUUGUCGCUAGCCAUUCAGACGAGGAGGGGACGGAUGGCAAAGACAUCGUGUGUGGUCCUCUUCUCAACUAUCGCCGCAUGGAACAGGGCUACUGGUACGGAAGUGUCCUUGUCGUCACAAAGGGCGGCGGCAAAGAUGCGCUCUUUGAGCCGCUGCUGGUCUUGCGACGGGCUAUGGGACAGGGUGACGAGAAGACGAGGCACGUCCAGGACGCGCAGGUCUACGGCGAACGCCUCUAUUCAGACAAACGAAACACAUUCUGGGCCUUUGGCCUCAGCGUGCCGCUCGAAGCUGGGGAGACUCGAUACGACUAUGAAGUCCUGGGUCUGCGAUAUUCCACCACUCAUAAGCCGCGAGUCAACAGCUUCUACAUCCCUGCCGCAAACGAAUCCAUGCGCAUGAUGUUCUACUCUUGCAACGGCUUCAGCGUCGGCACCGACGAAGAUGCAUGGAGCGGCCCGUGUCUGUGGAAGGACGUUAUGCGGAAACAUGCGGCGGCGCCAAUCCACGUCAUGAUUGGUGGUGGUGACCAAAUCUACAACGAUGGCAUCAGGGUCAACGGCCCUUUGCGUACCUGGACUGACAUCGGCAACCCCAAGAAGCGACAGGAUUAUCCCUUCCCCGAGAAGCUUCGCGCCGAGUGCGACGACUACUAUCUGAAGAACUAUAUCCGAUGGUAUAAUACGGAGCCUUUCUCAACAGCAAACGGCCAAAUCCCACAAAUCAAUAUCUGGGAUGACCAUGAUAUCAUUGACGGCUUUGGAUCAUAUGUCGAUAAAUUCAUGCAGUGUGACGUUUUCCGUGGCAUCGGUGGUACCGCCCACAAGUACUACAUGCUCUUCCAGCACCAUCUCCCUCCGCCACCGUCUACAUACACAUCCGAUUUUGCCACUCACGACGUUGAUGGCACUCAGGGCAUUGACCCCAAUCAACUGAUUGAUACCUACGUUGCACCGGGGAAAACGGAGCCGCAGUAUAUCGUUGGCCAGAAACCUGGACCUUAUGUUGCGGAGCACUCGUUUAACAUCUACACGCGAUUGGGUGCUCGUAUUGCUCUGCUUGGUAUCGAUGCCAGGACUGAGCGCACUCGACACCAAGUCAACUAUCCUGAGACCUAUGAACUCAUCUUCCAGAGACUACGGAAUGAGCUACAGGCCGCCGCCAGGUCCGGCCAGCCCAUCAAGCACUUGAUCCUGUUACUCGGCAUUCCCAUUGCUUACCCACGCUUGACUUGGUUAGAGAAUAUCCUUCGAAGCCCUCUUAUCGGCCCCGUCAAACUCCUGAACCGACGAUUUGGCGUUGGCGGUGGCUUCUUCAACCACUUCGAUGGAAGUGUAGAUCUUCUCGACGAUCUUGAUGAUCACUACACGGCCAAGACCCAUAAAAUCGAGCGCGCGCAAAUGAUUGUAGAACUACAAAAGAUUUCCGCCGAGUUUUCAGUACGAACCACGAUUCUCGGAGGCGAUGUCCACUUGGCAGCUCUAGGCCGCUUCUACUCCAACCCCAACCUCAAGAUUCCCACCGAAGAGGAUAGCAGAUACAUGGUCAACGUAGUCUCGUCAGCCAUCGUCAACAAGCCUCCGCCACAGGCUGUCGCCAACCUCUUGGCACGGCGAAACAAGAUCCACCAUCUCAACUCCAAGACGGAUGAAACUCUGCUGGAUCUGUUUGACAAGGACCCCGGCAACUCCACCAGGACGGCCAACCACAAUAGCUGCACGAUGCCCAGCCGCAACUUUGCUCUCCUAACUGAGAAUUCUCCCACAAGAAGUCCCGAUGGCUUUGUGCCAGGGCACGGCGCCGAUGCACCUUCGCAUUCAUUCUUGGGUUCUGAUGGCCACUCACCCCUGCAUCAUGGCGAGGUUGGGGCUGGCACGAAGCACAAGGCAGCUGCAGACGCAGAACAUGGCCAAGGCCACGACGGCAGCUUGGAUAUUCGCAUCAACGUCGAGGUUGACCAGCACGAUCCAGAGGGCCUGACAGAGAGCUACGGCUUGACCGUACCGACGUUGACAUAUCGUCCAAGGACUCAAGCGUCCUCAAGGGCCAUAUCCACUGCCACUAGCCAGUCGGAGCGGCAGCAACGAUGA